CCCUGGCAUAGUCUUCACCACCACGAGAAGGUUAUCACAAAGCAAUUUGCUCUGACACUGUUGAAGGAAAUCUCCCCCCAGAAGCAUUUGCUGAAAGUGCUACAUUUGUCACUAGGGUGCCUGGUAUUUCAUACUUUGCUUCGAAAAAAAAAAAAAAUCAAGACACAUAACUAAUUAGAAAAGUUAUAUACUGAGAGAGGUCACCACAUUUUUGGAGUACGGGAAAAAGGAGGAAAAUAAAGAUCUGGGAUUGCUUCAAAACAAAAAUGAUGUUGGAUCUGAAAGGCUGUGCCCAGGAGACAGAGCACCCAUCAGGCACAGAGCCGCACAGGAUGAAAGACAAGUGACAUGUAGCCUAUGGACAGAAACCACAAGAAGAGGAGAUUAUGUUUCUUUUAUUAACUCUUUUCUGGACGUUCAUUUCAUUCACUCUUUUAUGUCACGCCAAAGGACUAGAGCCAUGGGACUGCCAGGAAAAUUAUCAUUACGUAGGUAACAACCGGUCUGCUUGCAACGGUCCAACACCUUUCCUGUUAUUCAGCCAUGGAAAUGAUAUUCUCAGCAUUGACAUUGAUGGUACUAAUCUCAAGACAAUAGUGGCCAGCGCAGGAUCAUCAGUGUUGCUGGAUUUUGAUCAUAAAGAACAAAGACUUUACUGGCUUGAUCCUAAGAGAGGCUUUAUACAGAGGAUAUUUCUAAAUAAAACUAAACGUGAGAGAAUGCGUGCUGUAAUACAAGGAGCCACACAAUUCACAGUGGAUUGCAAAAACAAGAACAUUUUCUGGACUAACCAGCAAAAGGGAACCAUAGAGUGGACUGGCAUGAGUGGAAAGAAAGCUAGAACCCUUUUGAGAGGUUUAGUUCACCCCAACUUCAUUUCUGUUGAUCCAGUGGAGGGGUUACUCUUCUGGACAUCUGGUAGUUCGGUGUCAGUGAUUCAAAGAUCUAAUCUGAAUGCAACCUCCAUAACUGCUGUUACUGAAAUGAGGGGGGAUAUUAAAGCCCUUGCACUGGACAUAGAUACUAAGAAAAUAUACUGGAUCUUAUCUAAACAAGAAGGUGAAGAAUCAAGCAUUGGCACUUGUACUUACUAUGGGGACUCUGUAACAGUAAUCAAGAAAAUAGGCCAUUUUUCAAGACAAAGCAGUUGGGGACUUUCACUUUUCUCAGAUCACAUCUACUAUACAGAGAGAAAAUCUUCCAUCCAGAUUCUAAGUAAAUACACUGGAAAAGAAAAUGUAAUAAUCACUUUAAAACUGUCCAUGGUGGACAUCUCAGAUAUAAAAAUAAUCCCUCGGCUGACAUCGAGCUUUCCUUCCAGGUCCGGGUCAGAGGUGUGCACUUUGGUGAAUGAUCAUUGUACAGGGGUAUGCCAAAUCAACGGAGAUAGCCAGCAGUGCAGAUGUAACGAAGGCUUUCAACUUUCUUAUGAUGGCAAACACUGUGAAGAUAUUAAUGAAUGUGCCUUAUGGAGUCAUGGCUGCACUCUCGGCUGUGAAAAUAUCCCAGGCUCCUAUUAUUGUAGCUGUCCCAGAGGUUACGUCCUUCUCCCCGACAAGAAGUCAUGUCAUGAUGAGAUACCAUGUACACAGGACAACAGGAACUGCAGUCAUGGCUGCGUACAGACAGCUGGAGGACCUAUCUGUUUCUGUCCUGAAGGGUCUGUUCUUGAAAGUGAUGGCAAAACAUGCAAAGGUUGUUCCUCUCCAGACAAUGGUGGAUGUAGCCAGGUAUGCAGGAGAACCAGGGAUGACAGCUGGGAAUGUGACUGUUUUCCAGGUUAUAAUCUUCAGAGGGACAAGAAAAGCUGUCUUGCUUCCGGUCCUCGGCCAUUUCUAAUGUUUGCAAAUGUACAUGACAUCCGGAGGAUAAACUUUGAUGGGACGCAGUAUGAAAGUCUUCUGGCUUCACAGAUGGGGAGAGUCUUGGCUCUGGAUUAUGACCCUGUGGAAAAUAGGAUUUACUUUGCACACACAGCUCUGAAGUGCAUAGAAAGUGCAAAUAUGGACGGAAGCAGCCGUACAAAGGUGAUUUCCGAAUUCAUGGACACACCAGAGGGUCUAGCCAUUGAUGCCAUCAACCGAAAACUUUACUGGACAGACAGAGGAAAAUCCUGCAUAGAAAUGAGUGAUUUAAGUGGAAGAAACCGGAAAAUAAUUGUGGAGAAAAAUGUACAUCAGCCAAGAGGAAUUUGUGUUCAUCCAGGUGCUGGGAGAUUAUUUUGGACAGAUAUUGGGCCCAAUCCAUAUAUAGGAAGCUCCAGUCUAGAUGGUCAUGAAAGGAUGGUUGUGAUCAGCACUAAUUUAGCGUGGCCUAGUGGGAUUACUGUGGACACCCUCACAAAUAAGCUGUAUUGGUGCGAUACCAAGAGAUCUGCUGUGGAAUCUUCUGAUUUGGAUGGAUCAAACCGAUUCCUCCUUUCGCAGAAUGAUGUAGGCCAUCCUUUUGGUAUAGCCGUAUUCGAAGAUCACAUAUGGUUGACUGACUGGCUGCAGCCAUCUAUAAUAAGAAUGAACAAAAGGAAGGCAAAGAGCUGGGUACGUGUACAGGGCGAUAUGAAGAGGCCUUCAGCACUUGUGGUCAUACACCCUUUGACCAAGCUAGCCAUUACUGACAGCAUACCUGAACCUAGAAAAGACAUAACUGUAGGCAAUGAGACAAAGCACCAUGAGUCCUUCCUCCACGGCCCACUAACUACCAUCUUUUAUGCGACAGUUAAUGAUUCUCACACCAGCAAUGCACUGGCAACUGAAAUACUGGUGUCAGAUGAGAGUCUCUGUGUGCACAGUCAGUGCGAUAUCAAUGCACGCUGUGUGCUAUCACAAGAUGGACCAAGAUGCCAGUGCCUGGAAGGCUAUACUGGGAAUGGCAGGACCUGUAAUGAUAUUGAUGAAUGCCUUUUUUUACACAUUGCUGCUUGCGACCCAUACCGAGCAGAAUGUAUUAAUAUGGAGGGCGGUUAUAUCUGCAGAUGCAUGGAAGGUUUUCUGGGAAAUGGUCUUGAGUGCACUGAGCCAUUCGCAACUGUUAAUACGACAGUAAAUGACACAUCUGGAAAAAGUCACACACAGGACUGUCCUGCUUCCCAUGAUGACUUCUGUUUCCAUGGCAAAUGCAGAUACUUCCCGGAUCUGGACGAAUACGGCUGUGUUUGUACUGCAGGAUAUUUUGGAGAGCGAUGUCAGACUUAUGACCUGAAGUGGUGGGAGAAGCACAGUGCACAGCUGAAGAUUCGCAACAUCACAAUUAGUGUUUCAUUGGUGGUCCUCCUCCUCGUACUGGGACUUGGGGGUUUUGCAGUGUACUAUUACAGGCAUCAACUUAAGCAAAGCAGAGACACUGACAGGCGGCACGUCGAGCAGCAUUAGUAGCGGGUGGAAGUCAGCCUACGUGUCCAGUGAGCCUGAGAAAUUGGAGAAUGGACAAGUUAUUGGUCUAUGGAGCGCGGCCCAAACACCGGAUCAUGUAUAAACUAAUAAAGCUUGGAAAAAGAUCCUGAAUACGAGCAAAUCACAAUGGAUUCUACAAUACAGGCUAGAGUGGAUCCUCUUUUCUUAUUCUUUUUUGAACUGGAAUAUAAUUUGCAGAGAAUCAUCCUUCAAAAAUACCUGGAAAUGGGCAUGGGGGGUAUGUGGAUGAAGACUGUAACAUUGCCAAAAUGGCUGGUUUGUCAAAUAAACCGUUAUCUGGAUUAUUGUGAUGUCAUUAUCCCAGUAAGUGCUGAACAUGACAAGUUUUUUUUUUUAAACCCAUUUGUUUUACAGAUAGCUUGUCCUGAAACAUGACUAGUGUUAUGUAAGAUACACCCAUAGUGAAGUUAGACGUUCAUGUUUCCAUUAAUGUACAUAUUGUCUAUUUCUGCUGAAAAGGUCACAAUGGCAAAUGCACUGGAGAUGUUCAUUGUGAUAACAAUGAACCAUUUCUACUGUGUCUAGAGCUGCUGUUAAUAUAGUCCACAAUUAUAGAUGUAAGUACAAAGGACACUGACCAAAGGCGGAUCAUAACAGGGAUGUUUAAGGUGACAGCUCCAGGUCCGAAAUCCCUGUAGGCCCAUUGUCACCCAAACGCCCAUUACAAGGAAGG